UGUCUAACUUAUGACAACUUCCUCUUCUUCUAGUCGGUCCAGCAUUGUCCGGAUUCCCACAAUGCCUUGUUUGGCCAUGCUUGGUUCAGUGGUUUGAUGAUAAACGGUGUUGUUCCUGGAAUACACAAGACUUCUUUCCCCUCUCUCAGCGAGCAGAAAGCUGUUGCCACCGAAUCUCUGAGGUGCGGAAGGGGACCGAGCACUCCGGGGAGACCACCAGCCCACGGGAGGGAAGCGUACCACCAUGUACAAGACCAGCUACCUGCACGAGGUGCGCAAGGAAAAGUACGAGCGUUCAGAUGUCUUCGAUGAGGAACCCGUGGACUUUGAAUCCUCUGCCGGCAUCUCGGCCAUCCAGGGCUGGGAGAGCCUUCAGGAGCUCAAUAGCCGCUUCGCCCGGUACAUCAACAGGGCGCGAGUCCUGGAGCAGCGCAACGCCGUGUUCCGCAAGCAGCUGGAGACGCUGCAGCGGAUGGAAGAGGCCAGCGGCCUAGAGGAGGCCUUCACAGAGCAGACUGAAGUCAACAGGCAGCGCAUCCGAGAGCUGAACUCUGACCGUGCCAAACUGGAGCGAGAGCUGAAAGAUGCUUGCCGCAUGCUGGAUGAAUUCACCAGCAAAUAUAGAAAUGAAUGUGAUUAUCAAGAACAGCUGCGCGGAUCACUGGAACAAUUGAACAAGGAGGCUGACAGUUCUCUGCUGAGAAACCUGGAAUACCAGAUCCAGUCACAGUUCCUGCAGGACGACAUCAACUCCACCAAAGACAGGCACAAGAAGAAUCUUGCAGAGAUCCAGACCUACGUAAACAUUUUACAGCAAAUCAAUAAGACACUUCCCCUCGCUCCCAAUGUGACAGUGGGCAUCUCCGAGGAACAGGAGAAGCUGCUGGCCCAGAGGAAAGUGCCAGGGCUGCAGAGUCAGCUGGAGGAAUAUAAGAGCGCCCUCUGUCAGCUGCAGGCCCAGAAACAACGCCUGCAGACGGAGACUACAGUGUUGGAGCAAUCCAUCAAAAACACACAGGAGAGUUAUGAUGAUGAGAUUCAGAUGUACAACGAACAAAUUGAAUCUCUGCGGAAGGAGAUCGAUGAAGCUGAGCGGUCCCUCGAGAAGUUCACCAGUGAAUGCCGCCACCUGGCCAUGUACCAGACAUCCCUUGAGAAUGAGCUGGAGAGGUACAAGCGGAUCAUCGAGAACGAAGAUAACAGGUUGAAUUCAGCGAUAAUUGGCACUCCGAUUACCCUGUUCACCACUAAUUACCGCUACACUCACACACCCACUGCAUCAACCAGGGGGAGAGAUAUCACCCAGGUUAUCCAAGAUAUCACCAGCAUCAAGCCCCGCCAGAAGAUCCUGGCCAAGAAAGUCUUGAAGAAGAAAGAGCUGACCCCGAAAGACGUGAUGGACAGUGGCCAGGAGGAUAGAAAUAGAGGAGCUGCUGGAGAUGAAGAAACAAAGGGGGUCCCGUCUGUGGAAGUGCAGCAGGAGAGGGUGAAGAGUUCUGUGCUUGGAGUGUCUCCACAGGAUGUCCCAGACGGAGCUCAGAUCAGCAAGGCAUUUGACACUCUGUGUAACAUCGUCAGAGACAGAAUGAGGAAGUACAAGAAGCCUGAGCCAAUCGCUGACUUCUACACCAAGGGUCGUUAUGUCCUUGUCACCGGCGACGGCAGCUACCCAGAUCCAUGUUUCUACACCUCCACGCCAUCAGCCGGCCACAUCGUCGUUACAAUCAGAGAUGGAAUGAUGCCUCCCUAUGAUCCUUACGCACCCGUCAGACCCUCUCCUCCACCACCUCAACCUCAACCUCCACCUCAACCUGAACCUCCUAAGCCCAUAGUAGAACCCAGGCCUCCUAAGCCCCCCCCACCCUUCAAAGGAGGAGGAGGAAAAGACGAUAAUAAGGGUGGAAAAGGUAAGCAUAAGAACGGAGAUCCUCACCCUAAAGAUCCAAGCCCACUCCCGUCACCCACUGGCCCCACUGAUCCCACCCCAGCUGCCGAUCAUCCCAAAAAAAGCCAGGAUGACAUUGGGCCCACUCCAAAGCCUGCGCCUCGCGGUGCCAGCACCAGGUCCAAUACUAUCACCAGCUCAAGCAGCUUUACCCCAGACGCAAUGAGCUACGAGAAGCUGGAGGUGGUGGAGUCUGUGGAGAAGUUCUCCGACGACCGCAAGCUUAAAGGUUAUGAGGAGACUUCAAUGGUGGUGGAGACCUUGAUCGAGAAGUCCAGCAAGAAGAAGCAUUGAAACCACAUUACCUGACAUGAAGAGUCAGUGAACUCCAAUAGGGUUCUUCAUGGUUCAGGUCCUCUGAAAAGAAGACAAUACUGAUAAAUACCACUGUUCCUCAAACUACAGCAAUAAAACCAAUACGUUUAGUAACUGAGGAAAACCAACCAAGCUUAAAGACCAACUACACAUUCCUGAUCUGAUAUUCAAUGCUCUUUCAUUUGCUUGCAGUCUCUGAUCUUGCGACCAGAAUACAUUUAGCUGGUUCCAUAAGUACUGCUGUUGUAGUUCGACCUAACACCCAUGCUCAUGCCAUAAGUCCUUUACUGUUUGAAAACUUGGGACGAUGAAAAGCGAAGCUCCAUGACACCAAUUCAAUUUUAAAAGAAAAUAAAUUUAAAAAAACUGAGAAGUUGUGCCACCCCUCUGAACUCUGUCUUAGAACUCCAACUUUCCCCUUUGAGCUGAUUUGUUCAA